AUGCUCUGCCUACUUAUACGACGCGCGCGCCCGCUCGUGUGCCGCCACAGCCUGCAUGGCAGGAGCCUGGCGACACUGCGCAGCGCUAUCGGUGAAUACGUCGCGCUGCCGGCAUCCGCGGCCGACGGGUUGAGAGCACUCGGCCUCCAAGAGGCAGCACCAGUGCAGGCCGCCGUCUGGGCGGAAGCGAUGGGCGGGAAGUCGGCGUGCGUGCACGCGCCGACGGGCUCCGGGAAAACUUUAGCUAUGGUGCUGCCCGUCGUGGCGUCGACGCUCUGGGCGGGCCGGGGCAAUCCCGGCCGCGUCGUCGUGCUCGUGCCGACGCGGGAAUUGGUCGCGCAGCACGAGACUUUGCUCAACGCUCUCGGCGCUGCGACCGCCGUCGUCACGUCGGCGACCCUAGGCGCGCCCGGCGGCGCCGAGGCUCUCGCGGACGCGAUCGAAGCGAGCGCCGUCGUCCUCGCGACGCCGGCGGAGCUGUGUCAGGUGCUCGAGCACCGACCGUCCUUAUACGGCGCAUUGCGCUGUGAAGCUCUGGUCUGCGACGAGCUCGACCUCCUCAUGCCGUCGCGUAAAAGUAAUGGAGCCAAGGUCACGCGCUGGCAGGACCGGGGCGACCACCCGGCCGAGGCCCUCGCGAGGCUCGCCGCGAAGCGCUGCGGUUCCAGUUUACAAGUGCUCGCCGGCUCGGCGACGCUCGACCGCGCGAGCAAGACCAAGCUCGAGCGGGCGCUGAAAGGCGCGCCGAAGGUGGCGCUGCCUCUACCCGUCGUCGCCUGCGACGCCGGGAAGAAUUUGGUCGUCAAGACGAAGCGCGCGCCCGGCCGGCCGGGCAACGUCCGCACGACGAUCGCGCCGCGGCGCGUCUCCCACAAAUCCGCGACGCGCGCGGAUUUCAUAGAGGGCGCGGCCGAUGCCCUAUCAGCUCUCAAGCCGCGCGUCGCGCUCGUUUUUGUGUGUGGCAGCUCAAAACUGAAAGUCCGUGCCGUCGCCGAGGACCUCGGCGCGCGCGUGUUAAAUGAUGCGCUCUUCCCCUCUUCUGCAAGAAGCCGCCGCCGCAACUACGCGACGAAGUCUAGUGGCGAGAAGAAGGCCCUCGAAGCCGCGGAGAGGGCGACGGACGCGGACAAGCGGGCGGCCGCGACGCGCGACGCCGCGGAGCAACUUCGUGCUGAUGUCAUUGGGGCGACAACAGACGCACCAGUGGUGCUGGUGGCGUCGGAGGACCGGGCCCGCGGUUUGGAUAUAGCGGGCGUCGAGGCCGUGUUGAUUCUAGGCGGCCCCGCGAACGCCGACACGUUCGUGCACCUCUCCGGCCGCGUCGACCGCGACCCGCUCGCUCUUGCAAGCGGUCCGGAGCCGUCCGUCGUGACGAUCGGGCGGAAGCGGGACAUCGACCAGGUCCGCGGCUGGCUUUCUGAACUCGGUGAGGAGAUCACCGAGCUUAGUGAUUAACAAGUGUACCUACUCGAGCAACGAGAGGAUGGAAUUUCUUACUCAGCAUUACCGCCCGCUCCAAAUCUGGAUGGUUUGCAGGGGCCAGUUGAGCUUCUCCUCCCGCGUAGCCGUGGGAACCUCGGGCGCGUGCGGAAUCGGCUCCCACUCGUCCUCUGCGGAAUACCCGUUCUCGCGGGGUCCGAGCCCGAACCUGAAGUUGUCGACGCCGCGGAGCCGAAAUUGGGAUCCGCACCUCGAGUCGCACGCGCUGAUGACGUCAUCGAGGCUGAGGCCGAAUCCCUCGAGCAAGUGUCGAAGCGGGGACCCGACCCGUAUGCCCCGGCGGCCGACCGCGGGACGCGUGGGAUCGUAGAGCGCGGCGGCCGACGAAGACACGUACACGACGCAACCAUCCAGAAUACCCUCGUGGAGGUAAUAAUCCUCAUCUUCGUCUUCGUCUUCGGGGUGCUCUAACCAUACGUCUACGUCCACGUCUUCGGGCCCCCAAUCCACGCCCUCCGAAUGCACGUAGUAGCGAAGCUCUUUGUUUUUCCCCUUGAUGUCGCGCACGGUCAGCACGCCAACGUCAAGGAGGCCGUUUUGAUGGUAUGCGGGGAUCGCGUCCGGUCCGAACGAGCGGGGCUCGUAGGCCGAGAGCGGUCGCUCGAGUUGCAGGCCCAGCGCGCAUGUGCCCGGUUCCAAUCGGAACCGCCACGCCCGCUCGUAUCGGUCCCGCCACAGGCUCCGCGCCUAAGCACGACGCUUCGUUGGACCGCGACGCGGACGACAUCGAGGCGGGCGCCGCGGCGACGCCCGAGCGACGCGUCGCGACGGCUCGAGGGAAGCUCUUCGGGGCGAACCCCUGCCACUUGCUACAUCGCGAGGUCGCGGGGAACCCGAUGCUCGAGGCGGACAUGGCCCAGCGCGCGCGGACCGUCGUCACGGGGUUGGAGAACAGCGCCCGCCACGGCUUGCGCCACCAAUCUACCCUCAAUGUGGAGGACCAGGUCAAGGUCCUCGUCGACCUCGCGACGGACCCGGCGUCGCUGGGGCGGCACUGGUGCGGGCUGACGCUGUGGGUGUGA